AUGGAAAAGACGACUGCCGCAGAAUUGAAACCCCCUAAUCUGGCUCGUCCUCGUCAUAUGAUAUAUGCGAAUUUCUCAAUAAUUUCCAAGGUUCUCGGCGUACUCGCCGCUCCUUUGCAGGAUUUUUCCACCACCACCAUCGACUUGGAAGAACAACCCGGCAUUCGAAAGAAUGACGAUCAUCUAUUUGUUACGGUUACCCGCGUCGAUGACUUGGUGGAUGAUGAUGGCUCCUUGUUAGCCGAACGUAUUAUGGCGGUGCGUGUUAGCUUUGAUAUAAUAGAUCAUCAGUUGCGAUGCAAUGGUGUGCCGGUGGAAAUUGGCGUUUCGAACAUUCAAGUGGAAGCUCAAAUUGCCGCCAAUCCCGAAAAGCUGACCAUUACUUCCGAAGAGGAUGCCGCUUUAUUGGCGGACAAUUUCGAUGUCGGUCUUGCCACUGUCCAAGUCACAGCCGCCAUCAUGGAUGAAUUUACUACCGAAGAUGGCAUCUUUUUCCGUCGUAUCAACGUUCAAGAACGCAUUAUUGAGAUCAACAACGAAAAGGUCGUUCAAACCGAUCUCGGACAACAGAUUUUGGAUGUUUCUGAAGAUGGUCAAGUGCAUCGUUACACUGUGGAUCCAAUGACCGGUUUCACGCUUCCCGGCCUAGCUAUGCCUGAUGACACCGUUUGGGAAGACACUAAGCCUGUUUUGGCUCCCAACGAUAAGAAGAACUGUGCCGGUGCUUUCUUGGUGGACCCCGUUAUUGAAUGGUGGAACGCUCAAACUUCUACUGUGCGUGGUUUGAUCACCGGCGCUAUCUGUGCUGUCUUCUUUGCUAUUGCUCUGGCUGUUCGUCAGCUCAUUCUUUCCGCCAACGCAGCUUACGAAGUGCUCAACCAGCAAGAAGCCGAAGAAGCUGAAGAAGCUGUCUGGAAUGAAAAGAAAUCUGAAUAUAAGGAUGAAACCGAACGUCCAAUGUUAGCUUAA